AUGCCCAAGAGGAAGGUUAGAGUGGAAGGAGCGGCGAAGGCAGAGCCCAAGUGCCACUCUGCGAGGCUGUCGGCCCAGCCUGCCCCUGCCAAGGUGGACGCGGAAUUGAAAAAGGCCGUGGGAAAGGAUAAAGCAUCAGACAAAAAAUCGCAGAUAAAAGGGAAGAGGGGAGUGAAGGGCAGACAGGCUGAAGCCGCUGACCAGCGAACUACAGAUCUCCCUGCAGAAAAUGGAGAGACGGAAAACCAGAGCCCAGCCUCUGAGGAAGAGGAAGAAGCAAAGUCUGACUAA